CAAACAAAUACUCUCUCUCUCUCUCUCUCGCGGGUUUUAGCACAGUUAUCUCUUUCUCUCUCUUCAGAAACCUAUUGAUGUCCAAGUUGUUCUUAAUUACAGAGGAAAAUGUAUUGGUCUGAUCAGCAACGUCUUCAAUGGUUGUCCCUCGUCCUCUUGGUUGUACUUGUCCCCCAUCUUCUAUCUGAAGCUCGGCUUCUGAAUCCAAGCAUGGAGGUGGAGGGGAGGAAGAAGCAAUCCUUAUCUAGCUCAACUGUUGAAGAUGUAGCCAAUAAAGGAGAGACUCUAGGCCCAAGAGGUCCGCCAGUUCUGUAUGCCACUCCUCCUCACCCCGGAAACCAUGAGAUGAGUGCAGGUCAGAUGGUUCAAGGUAGUGAAUAUGUUCCACUAAAAAAAGGUCUAGUCCCACCUUCUGCCCCUAAUCCAACCACACAUGGACCAUGAUGCCAUUUGCCCUGAAAUAAAGAAGGCAAAGUUCAGAUUGAGUCCCAGUGAGCUGCAGUAAAUA